AUGGAUAAGCAGAAAGCAAAAACAGCUAAAGAUACUCCACACCUGUUAUUAAGAAAAGAUUCGGAAGAAAAUAGGAAGAGGCUCAAAGUGAAAGUUAGGGAUGUUCUAAAUUUAUCUGGUGAAGAACGUAUCGUGCUUGAAUUCGAUUACCUGGACGAACCAUUUGGAGAAGCACAAGGCCUUCUUGCUGGCUUUUGUGGAAUUUUAGCAACUGACUGCUCCUUAUUUCCAAUUCACUUUGAGAAAUGGCCAUAUUUACCUAUAUCAUACUUUGACCAUGUAUUUGAUCGAAUUGUAAAGAAACGGUUUUGUUUUAAGACAGUCGAGUCAGUUGCACGGCGUUAUGUUUAUAAUUCUAUUUGGAAAAAGUGGAGCGCGAAUAGGCUAAACUUGUGGAGAGCAUUCUAUGAUCCACUCAAAAGUAAAGCUCAGAUUAUGGAAAAUAUUCCGACUGGGAUUCCACGGGAUCAGUGGACUACAUUUGUUGAUUACCGUUUUAAAGAAGCAACUAUGAUGGCUGAGACUAGACGAAGGCCUGGACGCGCACAACUUUAUCUUGAUACUCAUAAGAAACAAGAUGGAACAUAUGUGAAUGAGGCGGCAAAGGAGAUAUGUUUGGGAUCUGCUCAUUUGCUGUUAAGGACCACUACAUGUAAUAUUCAAAGCGAGAGAGAACAUAUUGCUUAA